AUGUUGGCUGCUAACUAAUCAAGUUCAUACAAUCCUCAAAUGAUCAACUCAUCAAGAUCAAAUUUCCUUCAAGCUCAGACUAAUUAAAACAAUGCAAUGAAGGUAAAUCAGUCUCACCUAAAGGGAUUUAUGCCUAACAAAGGAACAGAAGAUAAGACUCAAAAUGUGGGCCUUAAACUCAGAAACUCCUCAAAUCAAAUCGGUCAGCAAUAAUUGAAUAACAUGCAAGCUAUAAAGCUUCAAAACUUGCCCGCCAUAAAAACCGGCAUAGAAGUUAUUUAAUCAGCAUAAAGAUCUAACAACAAUGUGAAUACUCAGCCUAGCUCACCCAGUAACAUUUAAAUGGAAAGAAAUGCAUCACAAGAGCUUAGAAGAUAUCAGAGCAGUCAGAGACUGCCAACGGGCAAUAGCUAGAGUGAAUAGGGCAUUCAGAACUAGAAGUAUAUGAAGCACAGCCACUCUUCCUUUAAUAUGGUGUCUGAUAGCGGAAGAGUUCAUAAGCAUAUCGGUAGAAGCAUGUCUACAUAGGAUCUUUAAAAUGUUGAUUAGCAAAAUGAAAGUCAAGAUCCGUUUAAGACUUAUCACAGAUCUGAUAGGCAAUAGCAAGGAGUCCUGAUGUACACCCACCCAGUGACUGGAGAACCAAUAGUAAUGGACAAAUAAGAUUUAUUGGCGAACACUCAGAAGAACCCAUUCUAAAACUCAGUGAGAGACACAACAAACUACUACUUCCAUAACUAAAAGGAACAUGAAAAGUAUCUAGACACCAAGAACUCUCCUCAGAAAACCUUCAAUAGAAGAAUGAAGCUUAGAAAUUCAUAUAUGGUGAUAUUCCCAAGUUAUGGUCUGCAUGAGAAUAAGAAGAUAUUCUAGGCAACGCAGUUCUCUUAGAUUGGAACUAAGCUAGAAAAUGCUGAGGAGGUCGAUCACCAAUACUUCGUAAAAGUGGAUUAUAUGAAAAAAUACUACGAGGAAAUGCUUAAGGCUAAGAACAUGAGAAUGAAUAAAAAAUGA